AUGACGACGAACACUUCACAAAGUCCGGUCCCGUUAAUUCAGGAAAAGUAUAACGGUGCACCGGAGCGAUUGAGUAAAGAAGCAAACGAUGUUCGGGCUCGUCUAUCUUCAAACCGCACACUCCCGACUAGUCGACCGAGAAAAGGUGCUGUGCGUCUCCCACCAGACGUCUCAUCCGCGGAGUUCGAAACAGCGAUCAAAGAAUUGCGGCAAGCAAUAGGUGUUGAAAAUGUCGAAGUUAAUGACAAGGCAUUGGUAGAUGGAUGGUAUCUAGAACACCCGAAUACUCAUGAUGCAUUUCACAUCGCCGAGCAAGAAGAGCUUGUGAGCAGUGCGACAGUCUACCCGGGGUCCACAGAAGAAGUCCAGACGACAGUGCGGUGGGCCAAUAAAUUUGGCAUCCCAAUCUACCCUAUCUCUAUUGGCCGAAAUCUUGGUUAUGGUGGUGCAGCACCACGAGUGCCCGGAGGCGUCGUUCUUGAUCUGGGUAAACGGAUGCAUCAAAUCCUAAAUAUAGACGCUGAGAACGCCAGUUGCGUCGUCGAGCCCGGCGUCACAUACUUCAAGCUCUAUGAGGAAAUACAGAAGCGGAAUCUUCCGUUAUGGAUUGAUACUCCUGAUUUGGGCGGUGGUAGCGUUCUAGGUAACGCGAUUGACCGUGGGGUUGGUUAUACGCCAUAUGGUGACCACUUUGCGAACCAUUGCGGUAUGGAACUCGUACUUCCUAACGGCGAGUUAUUACGCACGGGUAUGGGUGCUAUGCCAGGCCCAGACGGAACAGACAAUCCCACAUGGCAAUCAUUCCAACACGCUUUUGGUCCAUCCGUCGACGGAAUUUUCUCGCAGAGUAAUUUUGGCAUCGUAACUAAAAUGGGAUUUCACCUGAUGCCGGAAGCACAACAUCAGUCAUACUGCUUCACAUUCCUGCGAGACGAAGAUUUCGAACACAUCGUGGACCUCAUUCGACCGUUAGCCCAAAAGCGCAUUCUUGGGAACAUCCCCCAGUUGCGUCAUGUAAUCCAAGAGCUUAACGUCACAGGUCUGCGACAAGCAGAUUGCCAUACCGGAUCUGGACCGUUGACACGCGAAGAAAUCCGAGUAGCAGCCAAGAAAUUACCACUUGGCGAAUGCUCCUGGGUCUUCUAUGGCACCCAAUAUGGAUCAACCAACUCAAUCGCCGAACAACUCGAAAUCAUCAAGGCCGAGUUCGCAAAGAUUCCAGGAUCGCGAUUUUUCCUACCCAAGGACCUCCCCAAGGGUCACUACCUGCACGACCGAGCUUUAGUCUGCAGCGGUGUACCGGUCUUGCGUGAGCUUGAGUGGCUUAAUUGGCUUCCUAAUGGCGCGCAUUUGUUUUUCUCGCCGAUUGCACCGACGCGUGGCAAAGACGCACGCAUAAUUCAUGAGAUGAUCGUCGAGGCGCACAAGCGCUACCGUUUUGAUCUCUUCCCAACACUGUGUGUGGCGGGACGUGAAAUUCAUUAUAUCGUCAACGUUAUAUAUGAUAGGGCCGACCCGGAUAUGAAGGAUAGGGCUGUACGCAUGAUGCGAGAACUUAUUCAGAAAUGCGCAGCGAAGGGAUUUGGCGAGUACCGUACCCAUCUGCUGUUCGCAGACCAGGUUGCUGGAACGUAUAAUUGGAAUAACUCGGCCUUUAUGCGGUUUAAUGAGACGAUCAAGGAUGCGUUGGAUCCUAAGGGUAUUCUAGCGCCGGGUCGAAACGGUAUUUGGCCCAAGCGGUUUAGAGGGAAAGGAUGGGAAUUGACUGAGAAGGAUGUUGAUCUGAGGUCGAUCGGACCGCGUCUCUGA